AAUUCGAAUCGCCUUUAUUAUUCCGAUAGUUUCAGGAUAACUACACCUACUGAUACGAGCGGAUCUGGGUGGGAGUCUACAUCUAGCUCCGACACGGGGGCAACAUUUGCACCCUAUGUCAUGACGCGAGAAGUCAACCGGCCGGCGGACCAUGGUCCUAGCCAUCACAGUCUCGAAAAUGAUAUCUUAGCAGCACUUUGGGAACAGGUCCCUUUCCCGCGGCUACCGCUUGAUGCGCCAUCUGAGAUAAAAGAUCUUGUAGUCAACGUCGAGAAUCCUAAGAAGGUUUAUGCCGUCUAUCACGCUAGUCGCCGGCAUGAUCUUCAACUCCUAAUCGAGAAAUUCAUCGAUCAACUACAAUAUGGUUGUAACUUCAAGGCGUGUACGACCUCCUCAUGCUUUAGCUGUCGGAAACGACUAGCUGGUAAGGCGCCCGUUCGACGUUAUAACAUAACCAGCGCGAGAACUUUAGCCGUGUUCCUAGCAAGCCAAGACGACGCCGACAGCCGACUAUGUCCCUAUCUCUAUCCCCCAGCUGGUCCAAGCGAUGGCGCGAAGUCCUUAAUGUUCGGCCCAAAAUAUACAUCUUCCAGCGAUACGGUCGACUCUGUUUAUACAGGCCCAGGGGUUAGGAUUGCAUCCGCUAAAGGCAAUGGGGGUCUGGUGACAUUAAGGAAGGGACAUGCAAGGAGCCCGGGUCGCCAAACAUCUACACACACGAGUCCUAGGCGAAGCAGUCAGAGUCGGAAUGGGCAGGUUGAGGAUGAAGCACUACGGAAUGAAGCGGCAUCGUCACCACCGGAUACUCGCCAUGAAAUACAGAUCACCGAAAAGUCUAUGGUCAAGGAUUAUCGCUCGUUUGCCGCUAAUGUCUUUGGGACUGUUGCUUUCAAGAUGCUAGAAUGGUUGACGCCGAAUAACAUGGAGUUCAUGUCAGACAAAAUUGCAGUAAUUGAUGAAAAUCAGGAUACCACGGAGGAAUCUCGAGCAGUUUCGUCUCGCUCAGGCGAAUGCGGUGGGCGGACUAGUCCACAGUCUACUUCAUUAAUUCGCGAUUUGGAGAGUAUAGAUAGUGUCAAGGAUACCCCGGCCCUUCCCCGGUUCGCUACAUCGCGUCUCACUCCGAAAAGCGAAGUCAACGGAUUCCACCAGCAGGCACAUUCCGAACACCAGUCGGCAACGAAUUCGACCUUUCAAGGUCUAUCACAUCAAAGGAGAAAUUCAAGCGCCCGUAUUCGUACGUCCUCGGUCUCAAAAUCACAGCCUAGGGCUUUAACCGAGCCAUUCGUCGAGUCAAUUGUGGAUGAGACAGGACCUAAAUCACCAAGCAUUCACAAUACGCAAUGCGAAAAGGUACCCAAAGGACUUGUUCGGCCUGCUCCUGUUAUAACACGAGCUACGCCACAAAUAAAACAAAAUGGACAUACCAUGUUUGAAAAGGAGGACCUAGAACCAGCAAGUCCUUGCUCCCAUGUUGAUGAGCAUUAUUAUCAGGUGGACGGCGCUAGUGGCGAAGAGACAUCGAGUAGUGCAGAAACCACGAAAUCACUGGAUGCGUCAGAUGAAAAUCAUGGUACUCUAGUAGGUGCUGACAAGUUAGAGUCGAUAUCCGAGCUCGAUAGCUACUUACCUCAAUCAUUGUCGCGCCUAAGUAUCCAAGCCAUCAAUUUUAUAUGCGAUAUUCUCCAGGACGAUUCCACCUGUGAGAAGCAUCUCUUAGAACCGACCACUGUCUGUGGGUCUGUUAAGCGAUCAUCAAGUCGGCUCAAGUCAUGGAGGAGGAAACAAAAAAGCAAAGCCCCAUACCCCCAGGAUAUGAAGCUCCAGUGGAAACUGUUCGCCGAACAGAGUAUAUUCCAUGUCCUCAGCGAUCCUGAAGCUUUACUGGAUUCAUUUACUAGCUCUAGUGGUGUAAUCGACUCACAAACUCUGUGGUACUGCAUGUUACGCUUAACAAGAGUAGCGCCCAACCUCGUGUUCGACAGCCUAUGGAUUGCUUUAGCUGGCCUUUUCGCACCGCCGAAAACCCUGCAAUCUAUGAGAUCGCCUACUUCAAAGGUAUUUCCGGGGCAUCAGAAGUCAUUCACAAAUAUGGAAGCAGCGUCACUCAUGUCAGUAUGCUUCCACGCUCUGGUAGCAGCAGCUCCGUUAGUGACUGAUUCGAGACAAUUACAUGACAUGUCUCGUAUUAGGGCGCAUGGAUUAUCACUCACAGGCAGCGGUGCUCUCGCAAGGCAACCUAUUCCGUUAUGUCUGCAGUAUGAGGAUGCUUUCACAGACGACAUGGCUCUUCGAUUGGCGAGGCGGUUACUUAGGGUAAUUCCGACACGGCGGCAUUUCGAUGAACUAAUUGAGCUCGACUUGGACGCGGAUGAUAGGGUUAAAGAGCCAGAUGUUUUGGAGAUACUACUCUCUCAUCUAGAAUCAUCAACACAGUCGGUGUUAAGUUUUUCGAAAAGCGAGCGAAGUAUGCAUGAAAAGAGGGUUCCAAUUUUACUCCUAGAUUGGGCGAGAGCAGUGAUGCUUCAUGAAUGGGAGGGGAAACCUGAUGUUUCUGGAGAUGGCCCAUUUGGCGGUGCUCUCUUGCUGAUGACGGCUAUGUACCAGAAGCGACAAUCUCUUCUCUUGGGCGAUGUACCAUUUCGUUCUGAAUACUUCGGCGAUCGACUUGAUCCCAUGCAGAUGCCAGUGUCUUGGCUAUCAUUCACCUCGACUAGGCAGAAUGUCCAUCUCUUAGAUUACCCGUUCAUUUUUAACCCUACAUCUUUAGUCUCAUAUUUCCGAGCUAUUAAUUUUUCAAGAAUGAGCCGCGCCUAUGAAGAAUCCAGCUCUUUACAAGAACGAAUCGCCGCUAUCGUUCGACCCGAUAGUCUUAUCACAGAGCAACACCAGAAGAAUGUACUUCAAGAUCUGCUAAAGGUUCCCUCGGCUAAGUACUUGAUAUUGGAUAUCAGCCGCAAGAACGCAUUGAGGGAUGCUUUUGAUCAGCUUUGGCGACGUGAGGAGCGAGAGUUGUUGAGGCCCUUAAAAGUUCACCUUGGCGAGGACUCUGGAGAGGAGGGCUUCGACAGUGGCGGAGUGCAGCAGGAAUUCUUCCGCCUUGCAAUUUCGGAUGCUCUGAACCCAGACUACGGCGCCUUCGCCAUCGAUGAUAGGACAAGGAUGACAUGGUUUCAGCCUGGCUCCGUGCAGCCAGAAUGGAAAUUUGAACUUGUCGGCUUGCUCAUGUCAUUAGCCGUCUACAAUGGACUCACUCUACCCAUCACCUUUCCAAAAGCCCUAUACCGAAAGUUACUCGGCGAACCCGUUACCGAACUCCAUCACAUCGCAGAUGGGUGGCCGGAUCUAGCUAAUGGACUCACCAACCUUCUAGAAUGGAACGAAAAGGACGGUUCUGUAGAAGAUGUCUUUGUUCUCACCUACGAAUUCUCUACAUCUAUGUUCGGCAAGCCCAUCUCCCGCGAGAUGCACCCCGAACGACGAACCUCAUGGCCACAAUUUUCGGGCCGACCUAGCUCCCCUCCUCUCUCCGCCGCCAACCCAGACAAUGCGCCACUUGUGACAGGUGAUAACCGGAACGCAUAUGUUAGCGACUACAUCCGGUAUCUCACAGAUGUCUCUGUGUCACCUCAAUUCACCGCUUUCGCACGUGGUUUCCGCGCCUGUCUCCACCCAAAGUCCCUCCAACUCCUAACACCAUCUCUACUACAAAACCUUGUUGAAGGUACGCAAGAAAUCGAUAUUUCAGAACUGCGCCGCGCAGCGCGAUAUGUGGGCUGGGAUGCAUCGCACAGGACUGUUCGUGACUUCUGGUCCAUUGUAAAGCGCUACGACGACCGUAUGCGCCACAAACUGCUCGAGUUCGUGACGGCCAGUGAUCGUGUGCCCGUCGGAGGUAUGGCGAAUGUGCAAUUUGUGAUACAGAGGAAUGGUGAGGAAGGGGAAGGUGGGCAUUUACCCACUGCGUAUACAUGCUAUGGUACAUUACUCCUACCAGAGUAUCGCGAUAAAGACGUUCUAAGAGAACGACUAGCGAUGGCAUUGGAGAAUGCGCAAGGAUUCGGAUUUGCGUAAAUAAGAAAAAGGGGGU